AUGCCUGCAGCUGUAAUAAAUCCGUCAUCAAUGGACCUUUCGAUGAAUAAGCCCGUGCCCGAUUCAUUAAUAGAUUACGCCUCAACUUCAGUGCGUUCCAUCCUCCAUGUUAAAUCCACGCUGCCCUCUCAUAAAUCCCUUCAACCAUAUUUACCCGACCUCCUUAUAUUCAUCAAGAAGUUAAUAACCGACCUUGAGUUGCCAGUGUUAACAAUAAUCGUAUGUUUAAUCUAUGUUCACCGGUUUAAGAAAGCCCUACCAAAAAACUAUAGGACGGAGUAUGGUACUGCCCAUAGGAUAUUCGUAAGUUCGGUGUUAGUGGCAAGCAAGUAUAUUGACGAUCAGCCGUUGACGAGUAGACGUGUGGUGGAGAGUGUAGGAUGGGAUGUUUGGAGUAUUAAAGAAGUUAAUCGGAUGGAAAGAACUUUCUUGAAUUCUUUAAAAUGGAAUCUUUCGGUUGAUCGUGAAUCGUUAUGCUCGUAUUUGACAGAAUUAAGAGAGAACCAACACAUCGAACUCUGA